UUCCACUCGUACUAAUUUUACAGUGUACUACAAAAGAGUGACAAAUGUGUCAAAAUGGUUCAGUGAAAAAUUGCUGUGUUCGUGAGAAAAGCACGAAAAUUGCAUAGAAGCGUGCGUGAAGUGACGUGAUACGAUCGCGAAACAUUCCCCCGUGACCCGUGAAGACGUAGAUAUAGGAAUUGUGCAUGAAUUUUGCUUGAAAAUCCUCUUCUCUUCUGCUGGCAUAAAAGACAAAUCACUCUUCGUGAGCGGACGCCGUGAAUAAUUAAUUCGCCAAUCGAUUGUUGCACUGUGACCGUUGGAAGGAGGCGAACUUCCUCUCGCUUCCAGUCCGGGAAGGCGUUCUGGCGACAGCUGGUCGAGCAGACGACAAUGCGAAGAUGAGUCAUCAGCACAGCUACGCCGUGUGCUCGCGCCCCUGCCAGAUUCGUCUGCUGACGGGCGUGCUGUCCGGGGACGAGUACACGGGCCUCCACGCGGGCGCGAUGCUGCAGAUCCGGGAGCGCCCCAGCGCCAAGUUCGCCAACGUGCGCGUGCACGAGUUCCACACCAAGGACCUGAUGUGGGAGAGCAACCUCUUCUCCUGUCCGCUGGCCAAUCUCACGCUGAUCCCGUCGGACAUCUGGCUCUUCCUCGCCGCCAUCGUGGACCCCGCGGAGCGCCUGGCGCUGGCGCAGGCGGAGAGCCGCGUGAAGCACAUCCUGAGCCUCAAUCUUGGCGAUAUCGUGGUGGUCAGCGGGGCCGCCUUUAGAUUAGAGUCCUGCUUUGAUGCCAUUGUUAGAUACAUUGGAAAUGUGCCUGAAAUCGGACCGGGAAAUUAUUUUGGUUUAGAGAUUUUGAACUUCAAGUCUGGAGCGUCGCCACAGGCAAAUGAACUCUACUAUCUGGGAAAGUACAUGUCAUGCGAUCCCGCGCUGGCUCUAGUGGUUCCGGCCAAUCUGAUUGAAUUGCCCGCGGAUUACAAGUCGUCCAAGCGCUCCACGAAGGGACUCAUCAAUGGCUUCCUCUGUCUGGCUGUCGAUCGCGUGCAGGAGACGAAGGAUCGCUAUGUCACGCUGAGAAGCUCCAGCAGGAGAAUCAACAAGAUCGACUCGCUGAACAGGCUGUCUCUCAAUGCCGACGUAGAGGGAUUUAAGGCACGAGACUUGUCACCGCACUCCAGUGAGUCAGCGAUGGAUCCCAGCCAUCGUAAGAGUAUUUCCUCUUCGUAUUCGAAUCCCAACUUGAGGCGGGACGACGAGAGCGAGCGCGCCAAGUUGAAUGGCGCAAAGACGCUGACGAACAGCGAGGAGUACGUAAAGUAUGUGGAGAACCACGAGCGGAAUCUGGAGAAGCAGGCGAAACUGAAGAAGAAGGCCGUGGUGCCCGGCGUGAAGCCCAAUACAUUCCUCAGCCUUAAGGAUCGUGAUAUUGUGGUGAUAGACAAGGCGGACAUCAAGGAGUCGGUGAAGAAUGAGAGCGAAGUGAUUGUGGUGGAUCAUGGCUCGCGCAGCAGCAACAGCGAGAUGGAUCUCGUGGACAUUCUGGGUGCGAAUUGGCCGGCGGCGGCCGGUGAUGUGGCGCCGGUGCUGAACAGUGACAAGCGAAAUGCACCGCCGCCGCCCGUGAAGAGUUGUGAUAGGAACAAGUCGGGAAAUCCAAUUUCACACCUGAUAAGCACUAAAAGUGCUGAGCGACGCCAGAAGGACAAUAUUGCGAGAUUCAGUGAGGAAUCCGCGUCGAGUUCGUUCGACAGCAGCAGCAGUUCGGCGAACAGGAAGAAGAAUGCAGAGCCUGAAUAUGACAAUAUUGUCGCCUCGCCACGUGUGGAUGAUGAGCCCAUCGCUCCGUCGCCGCUGUCGGAGAUUCCGGACACGAAUCUGGGCGUGGGAUCAGUUGUGGAGGUGUCGACGGACGUGAGCGAGGACCUGUACGGCGUCAUCCGGUGGAUUGGUUAUACGCCGGGCAAUGCAGCGGCCGCGAAGGGUCUUUUGGUGGGCGUGGAGCUGGAGGAGGAUCAGCCGGAGAGACCGCUGACCCUCACAGAUGGCUCUUACAAUGGUGUGCGGCUGUUCAAGUGUCCUCUGGGACGAGCUCUCUUCAUUCCGCCGUCGCAGUGCUCCAAGGAUCGUCGCUUUCAGGACAUUGAGCGUCCCUCCACGUCCACAGUGCCGGACAAUUACAAACUCUUCGGGCACGUUGACUGUCCCAUUGUCCACGGAUCCGUGGCUCCGCUGAAAGUCGCCAAACCGGACGAUCUGGAGACGAUGUGUGGCAAAUUCAAGGGAAUACAGGGUCAUCACAAUUCAUGCUACCUCGACGCCACGCUCUUUGCCAUGUUCACCUUCUCCAGUGUCUUCGAUUCGCUCCUGUUCCGGCCGCCUGAAUCAGGAGACAUUCCCCACUACACGGAAGUGCAGAAAGUGCUGCGCGAGGAGAUUGUCAAUCCCCUGAGGAAGAAUUUGUUCGUGCGUGCGGAUCGUGUGAUGAAACUGCGUCAGUUGCUGGACAAGCUGAGCUCAGUCACGGGUCUCAUGUCGGAGGAGAAGGAUCCUGAGGAGUUCCUCAACAGUCUCUUGGCGCAAAUACUGCGCGCUGAACCGCUGCUCAAGCUCAGCUCUGGUCAGGAUGCCUUCUACUAUCAGCUGUUCGUGGAGAAGGACGAGCGACUGAGUUUCCCGUCGGUGCAGCAACUGUUCGAGCAGAGUUUCCUGGCGUCGGACAUCAAGCUGAAGGAGGUGCCGUCGUGUCUCAUCAUCCAAAUGCCGCGCUUUGGCAAGAAUUUCAAGAUGUAUCCGAGAAUUCUGCCCUCGCAAGUGCUCGAUGUCACUGACAUCAUUGAAGACUCUCCGCGUCAGUGCACGGUUUGCGGCAAAUUGGCGGAGUUUGAGUGUCGCGAGUGCUUCGGGACGCUUCAAUGCGGCGUCGGCCUGGAGAGCACUGCGUUCUGCCGCAAGUGCCUGGAGACGGCGCACUCGCACUCCAAGCGACUGAACCACGCGCCCAAGGAGAUCUCGGUGCCGCACGACUUCAAGAUCAUGGCCGAGCACUGUCCCGUGCCGCGCCUCUUCAUGGAGCUCUUCGCCGUCGUGUGCAUCGAGACAUCUCACUACGUGGCCUUCGUGAAGGCGGGCUCUGGCCAGGACGCGCCGUGGUGCUUCUUCGACUCCAUGGCGGACCGCAAGGGCGAGGUGAACGGCUACAACAUCCCCGAGAUGGUGUCCGUGCCGGAUCUGCCGCAGUGGCUGAGCGAAGACAGCGCCCGGACGCUGCACGAGGCGGCGUCACACGACAAGAUGCUGCCUGACCACGCGAAGCGCCUCCUCUGCGACGCUUACAUGUGCAUGUACCAGAGCACCGACAUGAUGAUGUAUAGAUAGACGCGCUUUAAGUCCUCCUAAAGAGAUGCAAGUAGUCCGAAUUUGUGAAUAUUCACUUUUAUUGAGAAGAGUUGUGUUAUUCAGCGCAUAAGAUUACGGUGUGGACAUUCAAAGACCCACAGGAGAUAGAUAAAUGAAAGUAUUAAUUCUACGGUUAUCAAUAAAUUCCUCUUAAUUCAA